UCUCCUCCUUUCUUACAUCCGGUUCACUUUUGGCAUCCGGUUUACUCCCAAACCAUGUUUCUUUUUGAUGAACCGGUUCAGUUCCAGCUGCCCGUUUUCGAUGCCACCUUCACGCCUGAUGAAAUCCAGGAACUCCUGUCUUUCGUCGAUUCCGAGUCUCCGGUCAGUUCCACCUCCGGUUCAGAAACCGGCCAGACGGUUUAUUCCGUUAACGAGAGAAAGCGGCGACGGAUGGUGUCAAACCGAGAGUCUGCCCAACGGUCUAGGUGGCGAAAGAAGAAACACUUGGAGGACGUCACGAACGAAGUGGACCGUCUGAAAUCGGAAAACCGGGAGUUAAAGAACCGUUUGUGCUUGGUUUCACAUCAGUGUCAGAUUGUAAAGAGAGAGACAAACCGGCUUCUGACCGAGUCAUUGCUGCUCCGGCAGAAACUGUCCGGUUUAUGCCAAAUUUUGGUUAACAUGAACUAUCAUUAAGUGAAUCGUUAAUCCAGAUUAAUCA